UUCGAAGCUUCAUGAAGCAGUGUGGCAUAUCGCCCGUCAGUAUUCUCAGGCCGGGGAACUGGUAACUAGCGGACAGAGAUAAACAGGGAGAAAGUGGCCGCAGAAUCUUCAUUCAUCUUCUCAAGAUUUUCUAUCCGGUGGAAAUAUAUCGAUAUAAGUGAUCGGAAGCGACUGUUAUACGUUCAUUCGAAACAGACGGUACUGAGGAAUAGGUGCAAAGAAAAAAUUCGAUACUCGAUGACAUUACAUCGCAAUGUCCGAUCGUUUGGGGCAAAUAACCAAGUCCAAGGAUGGGAAAAGCAAGUAUUCCUCACUCAGCCUAUUUGACAAGUACAAAGGAAAGUCAAUAGAAUCUCAGAAAACCACAGUUGUUGCUCGACAUGGCUUACAGAGUCUUGGCAAAGUGGCCACUGCCCGGCGCAUGCCGCCUCCCGCUCACUUGCCGAGUCUGAAAUCUGAGAAUAAAGGAAACGAUCCCAACAUCAUUAUCGUGCCCAAAGACGGUACAGGAUGGGCAAACAAGCAGGAUCAAUCCGAUCAAAAGAGUUCCAUUGCAUCAACAGCACAGCUGCAGGAGUUGCAGCCGCCGCUGGCUUUACAGAAAUCUGUGUCCAAUCUUCAGAAGCCCACACCAAUAACCAACCACGAGAGCACAAGCACAGGUGGACCAAAGCAAUGGGCUCAGCUCAAUGGGAAGGCAGUCGAAGCAGAUGGUUUAAAGGUCUCAAGCCGACUGCAGCCAUUCUCUCACAAGGAGUUUCCGACGCUGAAAGCAGCAGGAGAACAGGACAAAUCUGUCAAGGAAAGGAGCGUCUUCGAUCCGUCGUAUGGGCCCGGACCAAGCCUCCGCCCGCAGAAUGUGUCCAGCUGGAGGGAGGGAGGUGGGAGGAACCUGCAGGCAUCGGCUCUGUCUUCUGCUCCUCUCUCAGACACUGAGGACAAGAGCAGCAGCGCCACAGCCGAGAUGGACUCUCCUCUUCGUCCUCCCUCCUCAUCCACUGCAGCAGCUGCUCAGUCGAGUAACGUGAAGGAGCCGUCACUGCGACCCGCUCAACCUGUGCGCCUGCCUGCUCCAUCAGCCCUGCAGUACCAGCACCACACCACCACAACCACCACAUACCAUGACAUGCUGCCGGCCUUUAUGUGUCCUAAAGACACCCGUAAUGCUGUGAGCUCCUCCGAUCAUGGCCCCGCCACUGUGGCCCCUGUGCGCUUUAAUUCCAGGUUCACCUGUAGACCAGCGUUCCCUGCGCCAGAGCCAGUCAAUGGUGAUGUAAAGAGGGAGAACCGCUUCCCACGAAUGCCCCCAUGCCCCUCCGCUCGCCCGAUGCGCCGGCCAGGAGACAGAGCCCCCCGUGCUGCCAUAAUCAACCCUGAUGACCUGAAAGACCUGGAUGAACUGGACAAUGACUGUGAAGAUGGCUGGGCAGGUCUUCAUGAGGAGGUGGAUUACAGCGAGAAACUGAAGUUCAGUGAUGAUGAGGAAGAUCACUCCUUACGUGAGAAGAAAAAGAUCUGGGACGACUGGGACAAUCAUCAGGAUCAUCAUUCAUCUCAGAGCUCAGGAGAUCGUCCAUUCCUGCAGGACACUGAGGUGGACACAUACACACGCCAGCCAGAACCAUUGCCCUCAAGAAAGACCAAUGGACCCUUUUCCUCUACUGAAUCUCAGCACCAGCAGAAGAACCGUAUCAAUAACGAGUCCACAGAGGAGCAGGAGGAGCCGCAGCGCCAGGUGCCUGCUCGAGGGAAGUUUGUCUCUGCCGACACCUCUGAAGCCCUUGAGAGAGCGCGCAGACGACGCGAGGAGGAGGAGAGAAGAGCCCGUGAGGAGAGACUCGCUGCCUGUGCUGAGAAACUCAAAAAACUGGAUGAGAAAUUUGGCAAGACUGAAAAAAAUGUGCACGCUGGAGAAAGCCCGAGGGAAACAGAUAGCAAAGAGCUGAUGCAGUCUCCAGGCAGGAAGUCCUCCAAACAACACCAGGACAGCUGGCAGUAUGGCAACAAAGAAGUGUCAGAUACACCUGUUGAGUCAUCCAGUCAGGAUUAUAAGGAUGAAGGUUGUAACUACCACAAUGAUGAUGAUGGUCCUGAGUCUACCUCUCCACUCCUCGACUACAGUCGGCAUCAGAAGCCUGUUCCACCCCGAUUCCAGAAACAGCACCAGCAGCAGGAGCAAGUGUAUAAGAUGUCAUCAUGGCAGCAGUCAGGUCACCCCACCCAGUCCAGCUCUGCUCACCCACAAAGAGGCUUUUACCCCACUCAUGUGCUGGGCUUUGACCCACGCUGGAUGAUGAUGCCACCCUAUAUGGACCUCCGCAUGGCUCAAGGGGAUUUCUACCCUACUGGUAUUCUUUCAUCUGGACUGGUUAAACCUGUCAUUCAGCAGGAUCACCUCAAUAGUCCAAGUUCUGCAUCUGAUGAUGGCUGCCGUCUCAUCAUGCAUCAAGAGAGGAGGGCACUGUCCACUGAACCCAACCAAGUGUGGAACCAAGACAGCUACCCCUCUGCCCGCAGUUUCACCCCACCCUACCAGAGACCGCAUGAGAACAUUGACCGGAGCGAUAGGUCGAUCUCCAGGCAUGACUCUUAUGAGGACAGAGGUCAUGAAUGUGUGGACAGUCCAGCAGAGGAUAUGACCCAUCAAGUUUUCUGCCAGAGCAGAGGCUCAGACGUGUCUCUCGGGUCUCAGCAAGAGGUUCACCAUGAGGGGUUCUUGGCUCUAGGCAGGAGUCAUCAUGGGGAAUUCUAUAAAUCAGACCACAGGGACAUCUCCUCUAGUAGACAUCAGAAAGACAUCACAGAGUCCUUUGACGAGGGCUAUGACAGCAAGGUUAAGAGCCAUGACUCUGACUUCUGUAGGAAGGACAGAAAGGAUGGCAGUGGUCUGACCCAGUGGUCUGACCAAGGAUCCAGCAGCAGCAGUAGUAUUAGUCAACCGUCAGAGUCCAGUAGCAGAACUUUCAGGAGGACUGGACCCAUCAAGAAACCUGUGCUGAAACCCUUGAAGGUCGACGACAAAGAGAACGAGAAACCCAAAUCUGAACCCGAAGAGAAGCCCCCCUACAGGCUCGAGAAGGAAGUGGUGACCAACGUUUAUGACCUGAAGAAAGAUGCCCCACCUCAGUCUAACAGACACUCCGCUCCACCGACUGUCGCCUCCACUGCAGAGAAACAAGCAGAACCUCCAGAAGUCGAGAAAUUUACCAACCCGCUUGAAGAGUUGCAUAAGGAGAACUGCUGGGAUGAUAUCAAGUCUCAUUCUAUAGACGUCUUGGAGAGCAGAGAGCCGCCAGCACCACGCCGCAACAACUGGAUAUUCAUUGACGAAGAGCAGGCAUUCGGCAGGGCCAGAGGAGCAGGUCGAGGACGUGGUCGCGGCUACAGAGAGUUCAGUUCUCAUGGUGGAGCACGUGGAGGACGCAAUGAUAACAACAGAGUAUCCUACAACAACACCAGCAUGCAAAGACCUGCUCGAGGACGUGGAGGCCGAGAGUUUAGAAGCGAGGACCUGCAACGAGGCAAAUCCCGCAGACGCAACGUCAGUGAGACGCACAGCGAAGCCUCGGAAUGUGAGGAGCUGCCCAAACGGCCACGCCAGAAGGCCUCUGAAAACGGAGAGGCUUCGUUCCCUGUGUUUGGAGAUCAAGAGGUCAAGAGGGCCGACCGAGAGUCGUGGAGAUCGAACAAGGUCUACACGGAUGAUCAGAGUGCAAGCAGUGAUUCCUGGGACAAGAUGAAAUCGACCAGAGUAUUUGGAAGGUCCUUGCCCCCUCGCCUUAAUGCUGGAUUCAACCAUGGAUAUGGAUCGAGGGACAUUUCCACUUGGAGGGGCAGAGGAAGUCAGAUUGGAAGCAACACCACACAAGAGAACGGAUACAACUUCAGUUCAGAAUCCUAUUCCAAACACUCAUUGGAGCGUGAGCCCCUGAAAUACCCCUCUAAAUUUACCGGACGCUUUGUAGAGAAUGGCAUCGAGGACCGAGAAGGAAGUUACUAUUUAGAUAAUGAUAAUCCCGACAGACCGCUGAGAAGGCGUCGUCCCCCGCGCCAGGAUAAACCUCCACGCUUCAGGCGCCUGCAUCAAGAACGUGAAGGAGGUCAAUGGAAUAGUGAAGAUUAUGUUAAUGGAGACUUUCCCAAUCCAUGGUCUGGUCUUUCCAAGGGUGGAGAGAAGCACUGGCCCAACCACUACUUGGGCGGAAGGUCACAGGAUGUCAAGGGUCAGAGUCAGUGUGAGGACUGGGAGACUGGAUCCGAGAACAGCGACUUCAGUGACUGGAGGGAGAAGCGAGGAGGAGGGCCAAAUGGUGACGCGCUGACAGAGGUGGCCCACGGUGACGCCAGCCCUGAGAAGAGAGAGCUCUCUAAACGAAGCUUCUCUAGCCAGCGGCCUGUUGUGGAAAGACAGAACCGCAAGACUGAAGUGUCUGUGGAGAACAAGAUGAUAACACGUACAGCUGACGUGCCAUCUAGUGCGGGUCCCUGCAGUAGAAACGAGAGCUGGCAGAAUGGUAUCUCUUCCAACAACAAACGAGUUCCAGAAGACUCUGUCCCAGUUCUGAGAUCAGCAUCUGUGUACAGUGUGGACCAUUAUGAUAGUCUUUCCACCAGCACGACUGAAACCACUGGAAAGAUCAUUGAGAAAGACCUAAAACCCAGAAAUACGAAGGGGGACAUAACAGAACCUCUGUCCCAGUAUGACCUCAGCAGUUACCCAAUUGAGAGUGACUCAGGAGCUUCUGUACCCAGUCCAGAGGUGUUCCAGGACACUCUGUCCAAAAAACAGCGGCACCCAAUGGAAGACGAGCGCAGGAGGAAAGGUCAGGGUACUCCAGUUUUGGUAAAGAACAGAACAAUCACUUCAAAUAUGCCGCCUCGUUUUGCUAAGAAGCAGGGCAGCAUGUCCAUCGAGCAGCCUGAAGAUGUGGUCUCCACUAGCAACUUGGGUACAGAGAUCUGGGAGACCAACAGCACAGCUCUGACUCUCCAAUCAUCAGGUGGUGAUUCCUGGACGAAACAGGUGUCCUACACGGGAAGUGAACCGAAUUCAGAGGAUUCAGACGCUGGACCCGAGCAGAGUAAAGAACACAAACCCGGCCCCAUCGGUAAUGAGCGCUCACUGAAGAAUCGCAAGGGCUCUGAGGCAAUGGAGCGUCUGGAGGGACCCAUCACUCCCGUCAACGGAGUAGACCUGCACGUGGACAAUGUUCUUCCUGUGCCGCCCAUUGAGUUUGGCGUCAGUGCAAAAGAUUCAGACUUCAGCCUUCCUCCGGUGUCCACACAAGUUCCUGUGUCCAACCCGGUCACCAAGCAGCAGGAUGCACUCGCUGGGAACGCGGGUUUAAAUCAAGCAAUCCCGAUUCUGCGUAGAAAACAUCUGCAGUCUGGAAUAAACCUGAACCCCAUCAGCUUCCCGUCCGCUGACCUCACACUCAAGAUGGAGUCAGCUCGUAAGGCGUGGGAGAACUCUCAGUCUCUUCCAGAGCAGGGCUCUCCCAGCGGCAUGGGGUCUGGAACUCAGCCAGCCUGCAGCGUGGGCUCCUCCAGCGCCGUCAGCUACAGCUCGUUCAGUGGCAUGUCUAUGCCAUCCAUGCCUGUGGCCUCAGUCGCUCCCUCCGUCUCCAUGCAAGGCAGUCACAUCCCUCCUCUGUAUCUGGAUGGUCAUGUGUUUAACAGUCAGCCACGGCUCGUGCCACCGUUGACUCAGCAGCCCAGUUACCAGCAGGCAACCCCUCAGCAGAUCCCCAUCUCUCUGCACACGUCUCUUCAGGCUCAGGCUCAGCUGGGUUUACGUGGAGCGCUUCCUGUAUCUCAGUCACAAGAGAUAUUCAACUCCAUCCCUCCAUUCAGGUCUCAGGUGUACAUGCAUCCAAACCUGUCUCAGCCUAGUGCCAUGGUGCUGUCUGGAGGUGCUCCUCUCAAAGGGCCGUACUCUGCGUUCCCUGGCAUGCAGCCAUCAGAGCUGUUGAAAUCGCAGUCUGGAUCUCACUAUCAGCCCAUUAGCGGCAGUCAGCCUUUGGUGUACGACGGUGCUGCUGGAAUGAGCACGUCACAACUCAUGGACUCACAACUCAUACAGGUGACGAUGCCCAUGCCUGGCUCUCAGCUACGGUACGGUUCAGCCCAACAGCAUCUCAUUCUGCCUCAGUCCAUCCAGCUGCAGCAGAACCAGAACCUGUCUGUCAGAGCGCCACGCCGUAUGAUGCCACCUGGAUCACAGCCACCUGUCAUGAGCGCCAGCAGAGAGCCCUCUCAGAUGGACAUGAAAGGAUUCCAGUUCUCAGACAAACACAACCACACACCUGGAAUACCCAGCGGCUCUUUCAGAUCCGGUUCUGUCAGCCCCAGUGGAAAGCCCUCCGGACCCGGAGCUCUUCCAGCCAUUGCUUCUCUUUCAGGUCAUUACACACAGCAGGUUUCUGGCCCUCAGGGCAGUAUGGUCAUGCACAUGAGACCCCCCACCAGCAGCCCCUUCCCCAACCCCAUCCAACGGCCCAUCAUGCAGGUCAACAAGGCCGUUAUCAUCCGCUCAACGCCCUACACCAGUCCUGGGUGCGAGCGGCCCCCCUCCAAACCCGAGCCCACCGUUAAAGCCCCUGAGGACGGUAUGAAGGUGAAGGUUCUUCAUCAGGCCUUCAUUGAUAUUAAGAGCUCAUCUGUGGUUGCCAGUAAACUCCAGGAUCAGGUGAAAAGCUCUUGUAGCAGAGCCAUCAAACCACAGUUGGUCAAAGUGGAGGAAGGCAAAGCCUGAACUAAUGGAUCUCAUGAUCACAUGACACAACCUCCUCUUCCUCUCUCUUGCUCUUCCUUUCACUGAACUCAAAGACUGACACACCACUGACUGACUGAAACACCAACUCCACAAUUUCAAUCGGACACGCAUUAAUUAACAUCACAUAGAGGGACAUGAAUACCUAUAUAUAAAUGUAUACUAUAUAAAUAUUCAUAGACACAAUAGUUUUGGACUCUUUUGUGCAGACUUUUCAAUGUCACCUUUAUUUAUUUGCAUUUUAUUUGACAUUUCAAGUGAAGAAUAAUGGUUACACACAAAAACAAAAAUGCAAAAGAAUCUGAGAUUGAUGAAGAGAGCAAAACAAAGUCCGGACUGCCCAUAAUGCCAAACUUGGGACACUUGAUUGGACUGGAGGUUCAUCACAAGCUCAAUGUUCUCCAGAGCUGCAUUGUUGCCAUCUGUCAUUUUUACUAGGUACCAUAGUGUUUUAAUUUUUUUUUUUUAUAUAUAUAUGUAAAAAUAUAGUAAUCAUGCCUAUUUGCUCUAUUAUUAUUAUUAUUAUUAUUAUUAUUAAAGAACACCUUUUAUUCAAUAAAAAAAACUUGAAACCCAAAUUUGAGGACAUUGAUCAAUCAAAACCUGUGACGGAGUGAGCAUCUUCGUACAUGUACAGCUUGUUAAAGACUGCUUAAAUGCUUGUAUUGAAGCUGCUUCUCAUGUGUUGUGUAAAUGCAAAGCCACAUUUGAUAUCAGAAGAUGAUGCGUGAUGGAGCCGCGCUGGCAGCAGGAAUAAACGUGUUUAUUCUGCACCAUUGAGAGGCGCGUUUCAUCUGGUCGGGUUGGUGGGAUAUCGAGGCACUGGAGCAGUGUGAGGAUGUUUGUGAUGAUGUCACUGGGAGUCUUGUGCUGUCCUCACAGCUCGUGGGAAAUGUUACAAUACAUUGUUGAAUUGAAUUGAUCUGAGUUUCAUUAUGUUUAAUUUGGUCUUCAAGAAAUAACCCUUCCACAUCGCUUCCUUGUUUUUUGGAGGAGGGCGGUAACCUCAGAAAAUGAAAGGUUGCAUGAGCAGUAAACGGCCUGUAUAUGUUGUCAGGGUCCAAAUGUGUGUUUUCAUACUGUUUUAAGAGGAUGAUGUGGAAUUGCUCCCAAAAUUCAUGCUUUAAUUGUAAGAAUAUGCUGGAUGACAAAAAAAAAAACACGAUAAGAGAAAAUGUAUUACACGUGAAGUGUUUAUUUUGAUGGUGCUGCAGCUGUACAGAACUGUCACCAUCAACACAUGUUCUUGUGCUGAAGAUACAGACUCGAUCGAGUUCCCUUUGCUGGACACUUAAUGUUUCGUUGAAAUCAAUUCUGCCAUGCUCAUGAUGACUUAAGAGGUUUAUUUGCUCUGUGUUUUACACAUUUCUCUAAAUACAGUUGACUAACAUAAGUUAAACAGCAGUCAUGUGUCUGUACAGAAAGGGCCAUUGAAACAUUUACUUAGUUUAUUUAAUGUUGUUUAUUAAAGGUCUUUUUUUUCUCCCCAU